UGUAAGAAUAAAAGUUCCAAAGCACCUUUAUAUUUACUCGCUUUCACCUAUUUAUCAUAACUAUAGAUCCAAAUUCAUAUACCUGUAAUAAACACCCUAAAUUACCCACCCUAAAUUACCCAAUUCUUAGCCAAUUAGCCUGAGUAGGUAGGGGCCACUGUCGUACAGGUCAUCAACACCAUCAAGAAGAAGAAGACGGUGAGAGUGACAGUGAAGAGAAAGAUGCCCUUAUUUUUCUUCUGAUUCCUUGCCAAUUAUCUCAGUUGUUUUUUCUGUCCAAUCUGUCCCGAUUCUGUCAAUUCUGUCCCAACCUUAACCAAUCCCCCGUAGCUGGCAUGAGCCAAUAACAUAGGGCAAAAAAAAAGAAGGAAGAAAGAAUGCAACCCUUCAGGGAGCACGGGCUCAGCGCCUAUAAGGAAGAAGAAGAACGCGACUGGAGAUAUAGGGCCCACAUCUAGAAGGCACCGACCAUCUCUCCUCAGCGAAUCGUGGCCCGCCGUGCUGUAGAGGAGGUAAGAAAGGCCUGCGAUCACCCUUCGGCAGUCGGGACGUGGACGCUGGUCACCCGGGCCCUGCGCAAUGCCGCCCCCCGACGACCGGGAGCAGUGGCGGACGCGCAACGAGCUCACCUUCGCCCUGGUCAGCCUCGCGCUCGGCCCCAGCAACGUGGUCGCGUUUCCCUACCUCAUCUACGACAACGGAGGAGUGGUGUUCGUGCUGGUGUACACUUUCCUCGUGGCCACCGUGGGCUUGUCCAUGCUCUACCUGGAGACCUUCCUGGGACAGUUCUCCGGAUGGUCUGUCCCGAAAGCCUUCGGCGGAUUCCCCAUGGCCAAAGGCCUCGGCUGGACCAUGGUGUACACGACGGUGCUGCUGAGCGUGUUCCAGUCGCCCUAUAUGGCCUACUGCCUCAUCUACAUGGUCGAGUGCUUCUCGCCGCAUCUUCCCUGGGAGUCCUGCCCGGGAGGAGGAGGAGGAGGAGCGGGAGCCGCAGCAGCGGUCUCCGGGGUGGCGGACAACCACUCAUCCCUGCCCGCCCUCUCCGGCUCCAGCAGCAAUGCCAGCAGCUCCAGCGAUGGCUGCUACGAGAUUGGGCACGGCCUGGUCAGUGGCCUCCGCACGUAUCGCGUCUUUCAGGCUCCUAGGGAGACAUCUGUAGUAGAUAAUUGGCUUUGAACAUUGUGAGGUCUUUUAAAUUAUUAGCGAUUACCCGAACGGUGCGGGCUUCUUAUAAUAAAGCUGUGUCAUUAAGGCGA